GCUGUCAUCACUCGUUGGAUCGCACACUAUCUUGCAUAUCGCCGUCUUCUGGAAGUCCGGAACGAUUUUCAAAUCCUUUUGAAAGAGGACGAGAACCGAUCUGAAUGUCUACUCAUUACUGGCAAACCUGAGGCAAGGGCAAAAGCAGAACAAAUGAUCAAGCUUAUAGAAACAGGCUACUUCUGGCACUCUCUGGCACGG